AUGAUCGCAGCUUCGGCACGUGCUUCUGCCAAGCUGGCAGCUGGUGCAUCGAUCGCCAUUAUCGCAUCAACUUCCUCGGCACUCAUGUCCAAGCCAAUUUACUGCGAAGAGGGUCCCAGCUCCAGCGGUGCUUCCAAGCUCUCGAUCUAUCCUCAGUCAGAUCCCAAAGUCGAGAUUGUUCCCGUUCAGACUGAACUCGAGCGACAGAUCGGCUCUGCACGACGUAGCCUUGCUCACCUUACCACCGACACCCGACACUCUGUUCGCUCUCUAGUCGACCGUUGGAUCUCCAUCGAGCGCUCGGUUGAGGGCGAGGUCAGGUCUCUCAUCCCCGAAUGCGAACCUCUCACUCCUGGUCUUCUCUACGUCGGUGUCGCAACGUUGGCUGGAAGCAUCUUCACCCGAUACCGUGCUUUCCCUAUCCGCAUCCUCACUCCUCCUCUCGCACUGAUCGCCAGUUUGAACUUUUUCAACCCUCAUCUCGCCCACAACUUGGCAGCAUACUACACCGAGGUUGAGCAGCAAUACUUGCCAGCACUCACUGAACAGCGUCGCAACCUCCAGAAGCAGGGCAAAAAGUACCUUGACUCGACAACAAAGAACAUUCACGAGCUGAAGGACAAGACCGAACAGGGAGUCAGGUCAGGUUUGGAAACGGUCGAGCAGAAGACCGGUCUGAAGGUCGGUGAUGUCGUCGUCGCAAAAGACGAGGCAAAAUAUGCGAUCAAAGACCAGAUGAAGGCUGUCUAA